AUGAAGAAGAUCGUGGUGAAGCUGGAACUGCAAUGCGACAGGCAGAAGCAGAAGGCGAUCAAGACAGUCUCCACUCUUUGUGGUAUCGACCAGAUCGUCGUGGACACGAAGGACGGCAAGAUGGGCACGGUCGACCCCGUCCACGUCGUCUGCAAGCUGCGCAAGCGCUUCUGCUCGGUGUGGAUAGUCUCCGUCGGCCCGGCCAAGGAGGAGAAAAAGAAUGGCGACAAUGAGGGCAAUAAGACGGAUGUCAACAAGGAGAAGACGAACGGCGGCGGGGACAAGACGGACGGCAACACGAAGGGCGCGUGCACGCCCAUCCCAGUGUGCCAGCCGUGCUACCCGCCGCACUGGUACCCGCAGCCGUGUUACCUCGUCCACACCGAGGAGCACCCCCACGAGUACGCGUGCGUCAUCUGCUGA